UUCAUUUAGCUUCACACGAUCCAUUUGAGGUUGAAGGGCUGUUGCAUCUAUAUCACCAUGCCUUGUAGUCUUCAAUAUCUUUGUGUGCUGUCAGUCUUCAUAGUAUCAGGGAAUUGUUUAUCUUGCAUUCAGUGCAGUGGUUACAGUGACAGCCCAUGUAAUGGAACUUCACAGACCUGCUCAUCUGCCAGUGAUGUAUGUGGUACCACAAGGAUCCAAACCUUUGGUAAAUCGUGGGACAGCUUCUUCUAUAUUAGGUCCUGUGUCCCUCUCACUGAGUGUGAUAUAAAUGGAACAACAUCAGGUCUUUAUACAAACGCUUCGUUAAGUACAACUUGUUGUUACUCUGACAACUGCAUCGCAUCUAUACCAACUAUGCCAGUAGAAAACAGCACUGAAAAUGGACUAAUCUGCCAAACAUACCUUGAAACAGACCUGGAGCCUUGUGAAGUGAAGACAAGAACCAAUUGCACAGGAGACCAGAAUCUUUGCAUCAGAUAUUAUUCAAGCAUGACUAUAGGAAAAGCUGAAUCAACUCUUUUGUUUGGCGGAUGUGCCUCUGAGAGCUUGUGCAAUUCAACUAGAAACUACAUAUCUACCCCGGGGUUCAGCCUGCUCAUAAAGAAGUCCUGUAACAGCAAUGCCAACAGCCUUUAUCAGAGUGCAAUUCUUCUUUCUUUAUUUCUUCUGCUGCAUUUCCAUUUAAAUGAAUCAUUGUGAUAAGCACCACAGUGAUAUGGAAACUUAUAGCUCUUCAGCACUUGAUGGACGAUGCACUGGACUGGUAUUUCCUGAUAUCUGAAGGACCUUUGUCUUUGAAUGUACAUGAAUUUAACUCUACUGAAUGCGCAUGAUAAGUCAGGUAACUUAUUCAUGAUUUCAGUUUGCACUGUAAAGAAAAGAUAUGUUAUCUAAUGUUCUGUAGUACAGCACAGAAUCCAUUGUGAUAUCUAGUGAUGGGCGAAUUUGUACCGUUUUGCUUCACCGCAAAAUUUGCCAA